AUGAAAAAGAUGGCAUGCACCCUUAAAACAGAAAAAACAGCAUACGUGAGUCCCGUUUUGAAAAAGCAAGUUCCGCAAAGAAUCAUGAAGCCGCGAUGUGAUUCUCAAAAAUGUAAAAAUGAGGACUGCAAGUUGUUUACUGAGGAAGAACAAGAACGCCAGAAAAUAUUUCAUGCUUUCUACAAUACCAUGUCUUCAAUUACAGAGGGAGCUCAUUAUAUCAAUGAGACUUAUGUUUACAGGAGAAAAACUGCUGCAACAGAGUCCAGAUAAGAACAAGGACUUUGGCUUAUCGCUUACCAAAAGGCGGAGGAUCAUUACCAGUUUGUGAAAUUACGUUUCAAAACAGAUUUUGUUCGAUAAACGUGUAGGGCAUUGCGUUAAACAAAUUUGAAGCAAAAAGACGAAGUUAUAAGAUCCUCAGCACUGGCUCACAUACAAAAGUUCCCAAAAAUGGAGUCGCACUUUUGUAGAAAAUCGACUUCAAAAGAAUAUUUCCAUCCAGACUUAAACGUGAAGAAAAUGCUUAACUUGUACCAAGAAUAAGAGAGCCUGGAGCAGCCAAAAUGCAGCUACCAUACUUACCGUAGACGUUAUUUAAAUCACUGAAUCUGUC